CAUCAAACCCUUUCUCGGAUAACCGGAAGUAAAGGCGGAGCCCUGCGCUUCACUCUCCUCCCUGCGCUAGACAGACCGCCGCAGACAGAGGGACAACAUGGAUCCUAACACGACGAUUCUGCGCGUCAAGAGGAAAAGGGGAACUGACCCCGCGGAUGCGUUGUUGCUGGCCUGCAAACGUAUCCGGCCGGAGACGUCCCAGAGCACCGGCGACGUGGUACCGGAGCCCAAUGAAGCCGAGGUGGAAAACUCUGUCUUCAAGCUCGUGGCCACCGUAGCGACGCAGGAUGCUCCCGUUCAGACGCAGGUGCGUCAGGCGCUGGCUCGGCCUCGCAUGGCCCACGCCCUGCGCCCCUCCGCGGCCAGUUCUCAGCGGAUCACCGGCGACCUGCGCAGCACCAAGUGGAGCACCCGCAGGGAGGAACGCUACCGGAUCCUGUCCAGCCACCGCUCGGGCCUCUCGGGCCCGGCGCAGGAGCUCGCCCCCCCGACAGGAGCUCCGGAGAGCGCGGCGCAACCCGCUGAAGAGCAGGACAAAUGUUUGGGUCUCGGCGCGGUGCAGGUGGUGGAUGUCCUUCACGAGGACGUCGACGACAAGGACGGAUUGUCCAGUAAGGCGCUGUCCUCGGACCCGGAAAUGAUCCUGUGUAACAGCACCAAGAUGCUGCGUGAGCGCCUCAGCAUAACUGGGGAGCGGCUGGGGGGGGUACACCGGGAGCAGGACGACGACUACGUGUACGACCUUUACUACCAGGAGACGGUCAGGCCGGGCUGGAUCCAGGACAUCCUGUCCGUCAGGGCCUACACCGACGAGGGAGAACUGGUGCCUGACCUUGUGGUUCAUGAAGAGGAGGUUUAUGAAGACGAUGAUGAUGAAAAUGAGGAAGGCAACUGGAGGAAUGACUACCCUGAUGAGAACAGUGAUGCAGACAGUGGAGCAGAGGAGCGCUAUGGUGGUUACUGGGAGGAGGAGCACUCGUACAGCCAGAGGAGCUGGUCCCGCUACCAGAGGGAGGUGCUGCAGGAGCUGGGCCACUGUGGGGAAGAAGACAAGGAGGAAGAGGACGGAGACAAAUAUAAUUCUGAUUGAUCCGUCUUCCAAAUGUCCUCCCCCACGCCUCACCCCCCGGACUUGUGCGUGUGUGUGUGUGUGUGUGUGUGCGCGCGCAAGAGUGGAGGAAAACCAUCUCCCGCCUUAAGAAGGCAGCAACUCGUCACAUUUAAGGAACGUUGAAUUGAUUCAGACCAUCCUGAACUUUAUAUUUCCCCACAAAACAUUUGGAUAUCAACUACUCAGAGUGUUGCUUUUUAGUUCUUGAAGAACUCACCAUGAAGUCAAAUUUCUUCAAGAACACUGGGGAUUGUGGGUGAAACAUUUCUUUGGAGUCCAUAUUUAAAGGGAUAAAAUAUCCACUUUGAUUUGUCAGAGUAAUGAAGCUCUUCAGCCCCCUGCAUCCUUACACCUACGUGACGUCCCUUUGUCCCCCACACAGGAAGAGUUGGAUCUAGUCUUUUUUUUAAUUUUAUUUUUUUAUUGUGGUGGAGUGAAUUGUGCGUGUGGGUGUUUGUUCAAUGUGGAUGUGUGUUUAAAAAAUGUUGCACAUCAGCGUGAUAUGCCUUGUAUGCUUUGUGCUCAUAACACUGGCGUCAGUGAGACGUGUGUGGCUGCAUUUUGUGCAUGGUUGUGUGUGUGUGUGUGUUAGAUUUUUGGCACUAUGUGAAAGCGUGACGCAGUCUGUUUUUGUUGUGGGUGUGUGAGUUUGGUCUCCUUUGAUGCUUGGUGAAUUAAACUUUUUGUAAAUAUGUAGAUGUGUAUAAAAAUGAAAGCUUUCAAUUAAACUUUAAACAUG